UGUUGGGCUUCCAAACGCGCACUUAGCUGCCCAGCCGAAAAAAGAAGUGUUUUUAACCAAAAAUUUCAAACCCGGCUUCUCAAACGGAAGGAAAACAAGAACAGGUCGGAGUGAGCAAUAAGCUUAAUCGAAGCCGACGGGACUGAAAAUGCGCAGCGAUGGGAUCUUGGGCAGCAGAGCAGCCCAGGGGAAGAAAGUGGCGGCAACUAGUAGAACGACGUCGUUGAAGAGGCGGGAGACAUGGCUGGUAGUACUGGGUGUGAUUCUUCAUGCGGUUUACAUGCUCAGCAUAUUCGACAUUUAUUUCAAGACCCCUAUUGUUCAUGGCAUAGAUCCCAUCACUCCUCGUUUCACUGGCCCUGCCAAGCGUCUCGUUCUUCUGGUUGCUGAUGGCUUGCGAGCUGACAAGUUCUAUGAGCCGGAUGCUGAAGGAAAUUACAGAGCACCAUUUUUAAGAAACAUUAUCAAAACACAAGGUCGCUGGGGGGUGUCUCAUGCUCGCCCUCCAACAGAGUCAAGACCCGGUCAUGUUUCCAUAAUUGCAGGCUUUUAUGAAGAUCCUAGUGCAGUGACGAAAGGAUGGAAGGCUAAUCCUGUUGAAUUUGAUUCAGUCUUUAACAGAAGUCGGCAUACAAUUUCUUAUGGAAGUCCGGACAUAGUUCCAAUAUUCUGUGGGGGCUUGCAACACAGCACUUGGAAUUCGUAUCCCCAUGAACUUGAAGAUUUUGCAACUGAUGCAUCCUUUCUGGACAUGUGGUCUCUUGAUCAGUUUCAAAGCCUUUUGAAUAAGUCGAGGGAAGAUCAAAAGUUGAAAGAGUUACUUCUGCAGGAUAAUCUUGUUAUAUUCCUGCACCUCCUUGGUUGUGACUCUAACGGCCAUGCACAUAAGCCUUUUUCCUCCAUCUAUCUCAACAACGUUAAAGUUGUUGACCAUGUAGCUGAAAGUGUUUAUAAUCUUGUUCAAGAUUAUUUUAUGGACAACCGUACAGCUUACAUCUUUACAGCAGACCAUGGAAUGAGUGACAAAGGCAGCCAUGGAGAUGGGCAUCCGUCAAAUACUGAUACUCCCCUUGUUGCUUGGGGAGCUGGUGUUAAAUAUCCAAAGCCAAUUAAUAGCAGCAACCAUACUAAUUGUGGUUUUCGGUUUGUUGAUGACCAUGUGCAUGACACACCAACACCAGCUGAAUGGGGCCUGCAUGGAUUAGAGAGGGUUGAUGUCAAUCAGGCUGACAUUGCACCCCUAAUGUCGACGCUUCUUGGUCAGCCAUGUCCUGUUAAUUCUGUUGGAAGUUUGCCGCUAGACUAUAUCAAUAUGACUAAGGCGGAAGAAGUUGAAGCUGUGCUGGCCAAUACAAAAGAAAUUCUCAACCAGUUUCUUCGGAAAUCUCAUAUUAAGCAGUCACAUUCUUUUUACUUUAAGCCCUUCAAGCCACUCACUCACUAUUCCUCUAUGUUGGACAAAAUUGAGGGUCUGAUAAUGGCUAGAGAUUAUGAAGCUGCAAUGGAGCUGUCCCAAAACCUAAGAAGUUUGGCAUUGCAAGGACUUCACUAUUUUCAAACUUAUGACUGGCUGAUGCUUACGACUGUAAUUACCCUUGGGUACUGUGGCUGGAUGAUUUAUCUUAUUCUUCAUGUGCUGCAAUCUUAUACUUCAUUGCCAGGAAUUAAUUUUGGAAUGGAGCAAACAGUUCAGAGAAAUAAACUUGGAAAAGUGCACCUCAUUGGAUGUUUGGUGAUGGGAAUAUUUUCUUUUCUAUUAUUUAUGGAGCACUCUCCUCCUCUUUAUCAUGCAUACAUGAUAAUGACGUCAUUUUUGUUGAUGCAAAUAGUUAGUGAAUAUCAGUUUUUAAAAGCACUGUGGAAGCAUUUAUCUGAAAGAAGAAUGAAUUAUAUCGUUAAGCUUCUUGCUAUAACUGCUUUCUCAAUUGUCAUUCUUGAGUUCCUGGUGAACAGUUUCACCGAAAGGAAGCUCUAUACUUGGUGCUUCUUGAUUGCAGGGGCCACAGCUUCUUUUUAUCUUUUCAAGUCAAUGUCCUGGAGACCAGGGAUUCCAAUAUUUGUUUGCCUGGCAUGUUGGUUCUUGUCUCUUUUCACAUUGAUGCCAGCAGAAAUUCCUGACAACAAUCAAUUAGUAGUUGCUAGUGGAGCAGUGAUUAUUGUUAUAGGAAUAGCUGCAAGAUGGUUAGAUUUAAAUGCUGGUGGGAAUAAGUAUUGGCUUGUUAUAUGUAAUUAUGAGUUCAAGGAUCCUAAGUUUUCAGCUCUGUUUUACUUGCAGGCUAUUUUAGUUGGUUUUUCUUCCAUGAUGGUGUAUAUAUCAACGUCUCACAGAACUGAGAAGCAAGAACUGCAUGUGUUACACCAGUUGAUUAAUUGGUCCAUUGCUGGUUUUUCAAUGGUAUUACCCCUAUUUUCAGCAAAUAGCCUCUUAUCCAGGCUCACUUCCAUAUUUCUGGGUUUUGCACCUUCAUUUCUUCUUCUCUCCAUUGGAUACGAAGCAUUAUUUUAUGCUGCUCUUGCUCUUGUACUUAUGGCAUGGAUACUAUUUGAGAACACGAUUCUCAAUAUAAAUAUCUUGAGGUCACCAGCUUCAGCUGAGGACGUUGAGAAUGAUCUCAUCCUUGGAUAUGAUAAUAGGUCUCUGCAAUUAUCUGACGUGAGAAUCCCAUUGGUCUUUAUGGUUUUAUUCAAUGUUGCCUUCUUUGGAACCGGAAAUUUUGCAAGUAUUGCUAGUUUUGAGAUUUCAUCUGUCUAUCGAUUCAUUACUGUUUUUAGUCCAUUCCUGAUGGCAGCCCUACUUAUCUUCAAGUUAUUUAUUCCAUUCAUGCUAGUCAUGUCUGGAUUCUACCAUGAUUAUCACCAUCUUCAAGGAAAAUCAAAAGUUGAUGAGUUGGCUCUAAGAUGUGCAUUCAGCGCGGUGACCAAAUUGAACCAAGUUCCAAGGAUGGGAUGUUACUUUCUUGUUAUUAUAUUCUCAGACGUGAUGACCAUUCACUUCUUCUUCCUGGUGAAGAAUACAGGAAGUUGGAUGGAGAUUGGCAAUAGCAUCAGCCAUUUCGGGAUCGUGAGUGCCCAAGUUGUUUUUGUUCUGCUACUAUUUGCCCUCACGAACACAUACACAAAGGACAUUCGUUGCAAUUUAGCAGUCCCGUCUGCUCGGAAGGCUAUUUAGUUUGCAUCAGAGUUGCAGUGAGAUGAGAUGAUUCUUCACCUCUUUGAAUCUAUGCGACAAUUUUGCUGAUCGCAUGACCAGCUUCUGAGAGCCAUGUUUUGCCCUGUCUUCCUUUCCCCUUUAUGAGCUUCAAAGUUCAAGCUAAAGAACCUUUAUGUGCUCUAGUGAUCUUCAUAGAGAUGGGGGUGGAAAUUCCAACACGCGUAACAGAUUUUUGUGUGGUUCUAAGUUAGUAUUCACCUACAGGUUACAACAACAUCGAUAUUGAGAUUUGGGGUCAAUGUGAAGGCCAUCGAUAUUGAUAUUGAGAUUUGGUUCUAAGUUUGUUCUACUAACAUGAUUGUAAGAAUGCUGAUAUGGGGAAUGACAAUAAAUUCUUGAGAGAAAA